UCUCCCGCUUCAGGGCCCGCCCCGAGCGCGGCGCGGGGCUUUCGCGCGCUUUCGGGACCGUUUGCCGCGCGCCCGUCCCUUUGAGCGGGGAGCCCGGCGCCGGGCAGGAUGCGGAGCCGCGAGGAGGUGGAGGCCACGCUGCACAUCGCGAAGCUGAAGCCGGCGGAGCUGCUGCCGCCCGUGCACUGCCUCAGCUUCAGCCCCCGCGCCAGCGCCGGGGAGUGCUGCCUGCUGCAGCUGGAGCCGGGCCUUUGCGCCGAGCUGGAGGCGGGGCGCAGCCUAGUGAUUCGUGGUGACAAAGAUGAACAAGCUGUGCUGUGCAGUAAAGAUAAAACUUAUGAUAUGAAAAUAGCAGAUACUUCAAAUAUGUUGCUGUUUAUCCCUGGCUGUAAAACUCCAGAACAGCUGCUUGUAGAUCAAGCAUCAUGUAAUGUCAUUCACACCCAGAUUGCUGGUUUCUCCAAUAAUUACUGGGAAUUAAGGAAAUGUCGACCUAAACUAAAGAAACUAAAGAAACUUCUAAUGGAAAAUCCUUAUGAAGGGCCAGACAGUGAGAGAGAGAAAGCUCUGACUGACUCAAAGUAUACAAUGGAAGACUUGCUAGAUCGGAUUCAAGCGAGUGAGGAGGAAAUACUGCAUCAGUUGCAGGUUAUAAAUGCCUGUAAAAUUGAAGGAUAUUGGAGGGUUCUAGAAUUUGAUUAUGAGAUGAAACUUCUGAAUCAUGUGACUCAGUUAAUAGAUUCUGAAUCUUGGUCUUUUAGCAAGGUUCCUUUAAGUAUCUGUCUUCAAGAACUUGGAUCCCUGGAACCCAAAGAAAUGAUACAACAUAUUCUUUUAAGUUAUGGAAAGAAAUAUACUGAUGAAGAUGAAGUUUAUUUUGAAAUGAAUGCAGAUAAAAUAUGCACAGCUACAGCACAAAUGCUCUUGCAAAAUGCAGUUAAAUUCAAUCUCUCAGAGUUUCAAGAAGUAUGGCAACAAAGUGUUCCCGAAGGGCUGACAACAAGGUUGGAUCAGCUCAAGGGUUUGGCUCUGUUGGAUAGAAACUCAAGACCAGAGACUAUCUUCUUGCUAAAAGUAGAAGACUUACCUGAGGAUAACCAGGAAAGGUUCAACAGGCUAUUUACCGUUCGGGAAAAGUGGACAGAAGCAGACAUUACCCCAUAUAUUCAAGACUUAUGUGCAGAGAAGCAAACAGUAGGUGCACUUCUGACCAAAUAUGCUCGUUCUUCCAUGCAGAAUGGCAUCAAAGUUUAUAACUCUAGAAGACCCAUCUCAUAACAAGAAAUGACAUUAUUUAAGAAUCAAGAAUACAUCAAGGAAUAACAACUGAUGGUGUUCAUACCAGAUUUAAUUAUGUAGCAAUAUCAACUAAUUUGAAAUGUCACGGUUGUGAAAGACCGGUCAGCUUAAAAAAAAAAAGUGUAGUACUGUAUGCCGAAGACGGUGGAAUUCUUGAUUUAUUUUAGAUCUUUGUGGAAAUAAUUGCUCUACCAAAAUCUAAAAACACACAUUGCUGGAAUCUAGUUUCCACCACUUAACCAGAAAGACCUACAAAUUUGUUUGUAUUGAACUGAAAUUUGUAGUUUGUCUUAAAAUUCUAGAAGCAAAGUAAACUCAGUAUUUUUACUUUCCCUUUGUGCAAAAAUAUUUGCACAUACUCUUUUUAAAUAAGUCUGCUGAUAGGUUAGUAAAGUCCAAUAGAAAAUUAUUACAGAGAAAACUUAUUUUUUCUACACAGCAGUCAUUUUCCCCCCAUUUAUCUUAUAAAAGAAGUCUACUUCCAGUGACAGUACUGAAUAUAGUAUUUCAAAAGCAAAGUGGAAUACUUGGUUUGUUUGCUAUAAAAACUGAACUGUCAGAGCAUCCUAGUUACCAAUAAGCAAUAUUAGUGUUUUGAGCUGUGUGUGUAAAAUGAGAAGUUUGGCCUUAUCAGUGAAUUAUUCAUUUCCACUGUGGACUACAGGUCAGGCCUUUGGAAAAGUGGUCCUUCUGGUUCAUGUCUUUGAAUGUGGAUAACAUGAAACAGAAUUAUGAGGCACUUAAAUUGUCAAGAACCCAGAACAUUAAUACUAUUGGCAAAAAUUCCCUUAAGUUACAUAAUACUAACAGGUCUGUAAAAUCCAGGCUAAGAGGAUGCCUCAAAUUACUCAGACAUGGUAUAGACUCAGCAACAUUUUCUGUAACCUGCUCUUCACCACUGGAAUAUUGUCAGUAUAAAGUUAAUAUACCAGAAGGCUUAUUUUUAAAAGUGGUAAAUUAAACUGUUUGUAGUAUUGUAGUGCAUACCUAAAAUAUAUAUAAACCCUAGAAAAAAGUUUCUGCAACACUUCCACCCAAAUGUAAAUAUUUUUGAAAUGUAGAGCUGUGAAGCAUUUACUCUUUGUAAUAUUGCCAAGUUAAAUGUUGAAGGCUUUUUAAAACUGGAUUUCCAUUUGUUCUUAGUAAACCUGUGCGAUCCAGGUUGCUAUUUGACAGCUUUGCAAAUCUGUGUUAAAGGGAAAUAUUAUUGUAAUACUUUAGGUAGCUUGUUAUUUAAGAUGUGAAUGCACCUAAAGCAUUCAUAUAUAACCAUCAUGUGGUCUUCCACACAUUAUAAUGUGCCAAUGAGUGGGAAAGGAGGGGAAGAGAGAGGAACAAAUGUGCUAUAAAAUAACCUGGUCUAACCUUAAAAUAGGGUAUACUUAUCCUUAGAAUUCUAAUGUAAGAGCUGAAUAAACUCCAGCACCACCUCCUCUCUGCAGUCAGAUAGCUUCUCUGUGUGCGUUUUUUUAAUUGAAGGAUAGUCUUUCCAUUUUGCGAGAAUAUCCCCAAUGUAAUAUGGAUGCCAAAAGGCCUUAGUGAACAAUAAAUCUCAAACUCUCCACAGAUUGGGUCUUCAGGGCAGAAUUUGGGGGUUCUGUUCCAGGAACUAUAUACCCUAAUUGUUAAGAUAGUGAAGCAGGAGUGUGGGGUUUUUUUGUUUUUUCUUCCCAAUAAAGGGCUGAAGUGAGCAGUGUGGGGCCCAGGAGUCUAAACUUUUGUUCUUUCCUCACAGCAGCUCCAUUCUCCCACACAAGACCUCAACACAAAAAUAUAAAACGGGAUUGGCCAGCAUGUUAAGGGUCAACAUUUUUAAUUGCUUAAUAUAAAAUUACUCAUCCUGUGGAUUAUAAAUGUCUUACUCUGUAAAGCACCAUGUAAAUUUACAGUGCUGUGUACUUAAAUUUACUUGAUAAUGGAGAUCUUCUGGAAAGUAGGAGGAAGCCAUGAUCUUGUUACCAAGAGAACUGAUCAAUCAGAUUUGUCUAAAUACUCUUUAAUGAAUGUAUAAUAUUCAUUGUCAGCUGACUUUAAUAAGAAUAUAAUUUACUUGAUCAGUUUUAGCAGACUAACAAACAGAAAACAAGCUGUCUUUUGGAGUCAAAACAAUCCUGGAUUUGGAAAGAGGAAAUUAAAGAGACGGUAGAAUAAAGAUUUCAGUAACACCUUAUAUGCAAUAGCUUUCAUCCUAAACUAAUGGAAACAUGACAAAGAGCUUACUGGGAACACAACUAAUCUAAACUGCGAAGAAACUUUUAGUGUCACCACUAGGAAAAAAAUAGGGCUGGCUUGCUUUUAAUGAACUCCUUAUGUAGUUAAGCACAGCAGCUUUGUCCCAUAAUAUAAUAUUUAAUAUCAUGGAGAGAAUUUCAUGUAUUCACAAAUAGACCACACACUACACUGCCCACUACUGCACCUAAAGGACUAUAUGUACUAUUACAUGAGGAGAUGAGGACUAGGGCCAAGCAACAGGGGGCUGAAUGAAAUACACAGUACAUGUAUUUCUUUUUCUCAAAUUCAGAGAAAAGAGUGAGCUGUAUAUUAUACAUACAGAUGUUCAUAUAGUUUCCUAUAGCAAUUUACCUAGUCUGUAUCAGCCCUCAUAUACAGCAGUUAUUCACUUGUGGGUUUUAUUUGAAUCAAAUAUGUAAACUAGAUUUUGGUGAUUAAUCCACCAUUCUCAAAAUAACUAUUGUUAUGGGAUUAGCUAGUCUUUACUAUUUAAUGACUGUAGGAAAAUCAGAUUUCCAUUGACUACUCAUCCAUUUGUCUUAUCUUUCCUUGAACACUUCCAGUGAUCGCUAUUACAUAGCCUCCCUCCCUGAGUUAUCGUCUUACGUGAAAGUACUUUUUAAACUAGAUUCCCUACACCCACUCAGUUAUGAGGGCAGCAUAUGAUAGCAAAAAUACACAUGCAACAGUCAUUCCCUUCCUUGUCUAUUGUAUUUGUAUCUCAUUCUGCUGUGAUCACUUGAUCUACUCUUUUACUAUAUUAUAGGCUUUGUUUAAAAAUUACUCAAAGGUUAUACAGUAGAAUUCUAUGAGUAGGUUGACUGUAAAAACUAGUCUUAAUUAUGUUUCUAAAAUUAAUUGCUUCCAUGCAUUUUAAGGUUGAGCAAGUAUAAAGAAAGUUACUCAAGUCAGAUUUGUACAUUUUAUGAACUGUAAGGAAUUGUGAACAUUUUAAAAGAUUAACACUUGUAAAUAAAGGAGUUGUAACUGAA